AUGACAUCGAUCCAGCCCGGAGCUGCUGAAUCGAUACAAGCCAUCGCUGGUCUGGGCAGCUCGGCACCUAGUGUGCUUGUCCGCAUCCCCGCCACAGGUCCUUGUGCGGAUGGGAGUGCAAGCUGGCAGAUCAAGUAUGUUCUGGAUGCGGGUGCACGAGGCGUUCUAGUACCUCUGGUCUGUACUGCAGCGCAGGCAGCGUCUGUAGUCGCAGCAGCUCGCUUCCCACAGAAGCGGAUUCUUUUGUAUCCGCUUGAGGGCGUUGCCCGAUGCCGGAUAAUACAUGCGCGUGCUAUGCGAGUAGAAGUAAACGAGGUCGUUGGCUGUCCGGUAGCAUGGGGGAGAGUGAGCGCGUGCAGGGGCGGAGGGUGGUGGUGUAACAUCAUCUGGGGGGGGGGUGCGAUCGUUUCCGCCGGCCGCGAAGCAGCCGGUCGCCUUGAUGUAUUCGAAGAGGAGCGGGAGAGCGUCGGGGUCGUUGAGCAGUACGGUGUCUUCAUAGGGUCCUAUGAUCUCUCCCUUGCUUAUGGGUACCCCCCGCCGUUACCUGAUCCUCACCCCGAUGUUGAGGUCAUGAUCCAGGAUAUCUUACGCAAAGCGCGCGCAGAAGGAAAAAAAAGUUCGGUGGUCUUUUUCUUGCUGAUGCUAUGUGCAUUCCUGCAAGUGUUCAGAUGCCUUGGACUUAGGUAUCGAGCUACUGGGCUCGAAGCCCAGCCAGCGAGCACAGGAAGGAUUCGACACGGAUAUCCACAGAUCUACGUCACUUCCGAUAGCGGAGCCAUGACACAGGCGCUAGCUCAGAGUCUCGCGGUUGCAGCAGGACAGGCCCCGAGUGACAAGAGAUUUGGUUAUUGA